UUGACAACACUGGCAGCCACCACCGUGAUUGAAUAGUCGCGAAUUGAAAACAAAAUUACGCGAUAAACAAACCGAAUUUGGCACCCGCUCACCGAAAUGAGUGCAUCGACGAGCACGUCGACGGCGGCGUCCCAGGACGCCUGCUACAUAUCGCUCCUUGGCCUGGCGGAGUACUUCCGCACCUCGCAGCCGCCGAACAUCAAGAAAUGCAUCCAGUGUCUUCAAGCCCUGUUCACAUUUAUGCCGCCCUCGAAGGUCGAGGCGCGGACACACUUGCAGAUGGGCCAAAUCCUGAUGGCUUACACCAAGAACAUCGAUCUGGCGCGCCAGCAUUUGGAGAAGGCGUGGAGCAUAUCCGAACCGCUGCCCAAUUUCGACGUUAAGUUUGACACCGCCUCGCUGCUGGCCCAACUGCAUCUGCAGACGGACAGGAACUCGCACCAGGCCAAGGCGAUGCUCCGGCGGGCCGUGGAACUGUCGCAAAACAACGUCUACUGGCACUGCAAGCUGCUGCUCCAGCUGUCCCAAAUACAUGCCAGCGAUCGCGAGUACUCGCUGGCCUCCGAACUGCUGGCCGUGGGCGCGGAAAGUGCCGACGAGGCGAGCGCCACGUACCUGAAAGUGCUCUUCCUGCUCUCGCGCGCCAUGAUCCUUAUGAUCGAGCGCAAGACCAACGACGUGCUCGCCCUGCUCAACUCCGCCGGCCAAAUCAUUGACAACAACAUACCCAAUCCGCACCAGAAGGAGUACCUGAAGGUGUUUUUCCUGGUGCUACAGGUGUGCUACUACCUUGCCCUCGGGCAGGUGAAAACGGUGAAGCCUAGUCUCAAACAACUGCAGAUGUCCAUACAAACGAUAAUGGCGCCAAAUUGGCCUUCGGAUGAGGCAAUUUUCGGGGCAAAUCAACUCGAGAUGUUCGUGUGGCUGCCCAAGGAGCAGCUGUACGUACUGGUCUAUCUGGUCACCGUCUCCCACUCAAUGAUGGCAGGCUACAUGGACAAAGCACAAAAGUACACGGAAAAAGCACUCACCCAGAUUGAAAAACUCAAGCAACAGGAGGACAAACCCAUUCUAUCCGUAUUCAAGGUGAUUCUGCUGGAGCAUAUUGUGAUGUGCCGCAUGGUGAUGGGCAACCGGGAACUGGCUAUCCGGGAAAUAGCAGCCGCGAGAGACGUUUGCAUGGCCGCUCCGCAACGCAGCCUGCUACGGCGACACUCGGCUCAGCUGCACUGCCUCAUCGGGCUCUACUCCAUGUCCACCAACCUGUUUGAGCAUGCGGAGAGGCAGUUCGUCGUGUGCGUAAGUGAGACCAGCGAGCGAGACCUGAAACUGUUUGCCAACCUCAACCUGGCGAUCAUUUAUCUGCGCACCAAGCGGGACACGGACCUCAAGCAAAUCCUGGAUGCCGUCUCAACGGAAAACACGCACACGUACAGCAGUCAAGCGCUGAUGGGAGGCUUCUACUACGUCCAGGGACUGCACGCUUUUCACAAAAACAGCUUCCACGAGGCAAAACGCUUUCUGCGUGAAACUCUGAAAAUGGCCAACGCCGAAGACCUCAACCGACUGACCAGCUGCUCGUUGGUUCUGCUAUCGCACGUUUUUCUCAGCAUCGGAAACUCAAAGGAAAGCAUGAACAUGGUGACGCCGGCCAUGCAGCUGGCCAGUAAGAUACCCGACAUCCACGUCCAGCUGUGGGGAUCGGCAAUACUGAAGGACCUGCAUCGUAUGUCAAAGGAUGUGCAGCAUGAAAAGGAUGCUUAUGCUAACCACGUUAAAUACUCGGAGAACCUGAUUGCAGACCAGCGCAAGUGCGUCCAAAGUGCGCAUCACGAACUCGUCAACUGGUUCCAGGGCGAUCCGCCAGUGACGAGUGGUCCGCCGGCUGCUCCCGUCCUGCUCAUGCCAGAGUCCUCCGUUACAGCCUCAGUCCCCGUCAUCGCCUCCACAUCGGCAGCCAUGCAGCCGGCGGGGCAAUACGGUCAGUUCUACUAGCAAUGAGAUGAUUAUGCAAUGUAACUUUAAGCUUUUAUUUUUAUCUACGACCUAGCGACUAAGUUAAGACUAAAGAUGUUCUAAAGUUGUGAAUUUUGUCAUAAACUGUGUUCCCGAGGGAAAGAGUAGACGCAAAUGUAAAGAGGA